CGUACCCUGCAACUCCAACUCCCGUGCUGUGCAAUGGUGACCGUUUCAAUCCGGAUCGUUCGGUUACGUGAACGUCGUAUCUCGGUGCUGGUGAGUUUGUUGCUGUUGGUGCAGUGGCUGCAGCUGGCACAUUGCACCCAGGAGCGUACGAUCGAGGAACGGUCGACGCCAUUUCCGGGCACGGGCGGUAGGCAAACUUACGCAACGUAUAACACGCAAUUGCCUCCCUCGGUACGAGAUUUCAGUGCAGCAGAUCAUAAUGUUGCAUCUCGCCACAUUGCGAACGGUAACGAGCGUGUAAAUCGGCGGGAAUCGAUUGCCACCACAGUCGAUCGGUUGGAUCCGUCCCAGGCCGACCUGGUGCUGCCAAACUACGAAACGUCCUCCGUGCGUGCCGGGGGCUUACCGCCAGUGUACAAGUACACCGACAAUGUGUUCCGAGUGCCGAAACGGAAGGCGAAAACAUCAUCGCACCCGGAAACGGGUACGCUGCCGAGAAAGUCACACACGAACCGGUCGCUGGGAACCGGUCGGACGGUGAUGCACCAGGGCGACGAUGCGGCGUGGUCAUCCUCCACGGCAUCGGUGGCGUAUGCGCCCGGUAAUGCGGCGGCCCUGGUCGAACACCGUGCCGAACUGGGACUGACCGAGGAAACCCUAUUCCAGCUGUUCACCAGCCUCUUCGAUCACGGUAACUGGAAUAUCCUCGAGCUGAAGGGCCGUGUUGGUGAGCAGUGUGCGGCCCAUAUUGGACUGUACCUGCGCGAUCUGCGCCGACAGCGUGGCUGGGCGUUGAAGGCAAGCGAUUCGAGUGGCCGAUACGGUGGACAGUACUUCUUCGGCAACGAGUUCUGGAUGGGUUCGCUGACGUUCUGUGACGAAGUGAACCGCGUGCUCCGGCUCACUCCGAUGCCACCCGGUGCACGGCAUCUCGAGAUGCGGUUUUUUGUCGCCAAAAUAUCCGUCCAACUCGAACGAUUGCUGUCGACGCAGUCCAGCUCGAUCCUGCUGGGACAAUGUUUACCCAAGACCUGCACGACCGAGGACAUCACCGAGCUGCUGCGUAGUGAUCCAAUGCUAAAUCUGCUAAACAAUAGCACGUCGAAUGUGGUGGUGGCGUCUACACCGUUGCCGAACGGCAGUCCGGCGAACGCUGCCUUAACCAUCCUGCACGUACGGCCCGUCCCUGGCAGCUACAAUCUGUGGAGCGAUCCGAAAGUGUUUGCACUGUUCACGGUCCUGGCGGUGCUGUGCGCGGUCAUAGCGUACGCGUCCUGCGGCACCGGCACGGAGGGCAAACCGAAGGCUAGCGGAUGGCCGAAGAAGGUGCUCGACUCGUCCGUGGCGGGUGGUGAUGGGCAUCAUAUCAAGCGCGAGCGUGGUGUUGCAGACGGCGGUCGGAUGGGCGAUGCGCUCGAGAUGCACAAAAUCAACGUGGAAAGUAAUAACAAUGAGUCGGGCGGUAAUGGGCAGCAGCCACCGGCAACGGACGGGAUGUACAAGGACCGCAAGGGAACACGCUUCACACUGCACGACAUCCUGACCUGCUUCGAUGUGGGACCGAAUGCGGCCUCGAUCCUGUCGGUGGAACGUGCCGGCGAGGAUUCACUGACGUGUGUACAUGGAUUGCGGCUCUACUCCCUGCUCUGGACCGUGCUCGUGCAUACGUAUCUGCAGCUGUUUGCAGUUUCCGAAAAUCGGUUUGGACGUAAGAUUGCGGAACGUUCGUUCCUGUAUCAGCUCGUCGGCAACGCAACCUUCUCGGUCGAUACGUUCUUUUUCAUCAGCGGCCUAUUGAUCGUGUACCUAUAUUUAAAAUCGGUGACCAAAUCGGGCCAACCGGCCCCCAAAACAGUGCGCGCGGAGGAAACCAAUGGUUCCGCUGCUGUCGGCAAUCGGGACGGUCCGGCCAGCCGGGAUACGACGCUCGGGGGAGCAACGCGCAAAGUUGGCCUUUCGAUCUUAUACCGUUACCUGCGGCUAACUCCUGUCUACUGGUUCACGAUAGUGACGAACGAAAUCAUCCUAAAAUGGACGUACGAUCGAUCCGUAUUCACGCCGGGCAUCAUCGAUCACAUUACCUGCGAUCGGUUCUGGUGGCGCAACAUUUUCUACGUCAACAACUGGUUCCCGUUUACCGAGAUGUGUAUGAUCUGGUCCUGGUACCUGGCGAACGAUAUGCAGUUCUACGUGAUUGCGAUCGUGCUGCUCAUGAUUUCCUCCAGAAAUUUCCGUCUCGCUGUGGGUCUGCUGUUUCUGUGCUUGGGCGGUUCGUGGUUGCUGUCGAUCUAUUUCUCGCUGCACUAUCGCUACACGUACAAGGUGGCCGAUCCGUUCGAAUCGUUCGACAUUCUCUACGACAAACCGUGGCAGCGCAUCGGACCGUACAUUGUCGGUAUGAUCACGGGGUACAUUCUUCAUCGCCGUCCGAAUGCGCCAAGGAUUGUACCACCGCUAAGGCUACUGCUGUGGACCAUUUCAACGGGGAUAUUGAUUGCGCUAAUCUUUGGCGUUUGGAACGGUGAACUGAGCGUACACUGGACGGCUUGGUACGUCAGCGUAGGACAUACGGCCUGGGGGUUGGCAUUGAUGUGGAUAACGCUGUCCUGCUGCUGGGGCUACUCGAACUUUGUCAACGGGCUGCUCUCUUAUCGGGGUUUCUUCCCCCUCAGUCGGCUCGCCUACUGCACCUACCUGAUUCAUCCGGUCGUCAUGAUGGCCACCUCGUUCCAGCUCGAAGCACCGAUGCACCUGCAGCACGUCAUCAUCAUCACGGCCUUCUUCGGUAAUGCGGUCAUCUCGUUCCUGAUCGCGUUCGGAAUGUCACUAAUGUUCGAAGCGCCAGUCAUUAAGCUGUUGAAGCUGUUCUUCCAGAAAGCGUAGGGAAAUAGUCUGCUCAGCAAAAAAUAACAACAGCAAAAAAAAAAAAACAAAACAAAAAACAAAAACACGUACAAAAUCCAACUCACGCAGCACAUGGCUCAAGGAGCGGUCGAGCGCGUGUCCAUUCGAACAGUCCGGCGACCCCUAUUCCGGGCAACACAGUUUUCACGGUCAUCACGGAGCUGCCGAGACACAGAAGCGUGUGCGGCAAACCACACGGUUCGGGGUGGGGUGGGAGGCAAAUAAAAUCCAAUCGAAUAGAGAAAGUGAGUGACAGACGGAGCAACCGACCCGGUGGGUGGUUGGCACAUCAAGCGGGCUGGAAAAAUCGCGCUAUCGACCCUGAGAGGAAACACUUCAGCGGCAUGUGAUCGGCAUUUCAAGCUUCCCAUCAUCACCAUCAUCGUCAUCGGCCACCGCAACACUAUUCCGCAUGUUUGAGUGUGCUUUACGAGGCGCGUGUCAAAGACUGAUCAGGAAAAUUUGUGUUUUUUUCUUUCUUUCAUUCGUAUUCAUUGUUUUCCCAACUCUCCCUUUCCCGGCCUGUGGUAACACCUCCUCCCCAACACCCAUUCUGUCUCGUGAAUAUGAGGCAGGGUACGCUCGUUUUGGUUGCCGUCUUUAAUUUUUUGCUGUUUAUUUACCGGCACGUUAUCUGUUUCCAUUUUCUGGCCCAACUUUUAAUCGUAUCAAUUCAUACUUUUGCUCACAACCAUAAUGAUGAUAGACGUAAACAAAACCAAGACGAACAAAACUCUUCCCCAACAUCUAGACUGGCACCAGGAGGAGAGCGUGACGGAAAAGUGCGUGUAAAUGUGAUGGUUUCGAUGGAAAUUGUUCGCAAAACAGGGUUGGGCAAAACGUAGAGUAAAGCCUUGUUAAAAGUGGAUGUAAAAUGUAUGUACACCUUUGUAAAUGAGGUCCUGUUCUUUUGUGUUUUGUUUUGCUUUUGCUACGGUAAAGCCCAUGUCACGCGUUUGGUGCAACAAUUACCAACAUUUUACGACAUAAGGUUAGAAUGUUUCAAUGGAUAGCGU